AUGACACCCAUAUUGCCUAUGGAAUCCAUCACGCACGGAAGCUCACCGGAGCGCCGCCGUCAUCCGCGCCGUGAGCCGCCAUCUCCGGCGGUGGAGGGUUUUCCACUUUUUCCUCCUAUUUGGUUUAAAUUUGAGGUAGGAGCUCCCUUGGAAGAUGCUCGACAUCUUGCUCAACGAUAUGAUAGAAUGCGACGGGAGGCUGAAGCUCAGGCUAUUGAUGUAUCUAGACGGCAAGCGAAGUUACGGGAAUCCACAGGCAGUGCUGAAUUUAUCAUAAAGCUAGAAGCUGCUGAAGGCAAACUUCAGGAGCUAAAGUCAAAUGUGGCAACAUUGGGAAAAGAAGCCGCUGCAGCUAUGGCUUCUGUGGAAGGUCAACAGCAGAGGUUGACUCUUCAGCGUCUACUUGCCAUGGUAAUUCAAUCAUCCUUCUCCCCGUUUUUUCUUUUUCUUUUGAUGUUAUCUGAGCGCCGGCGAAUUGAAGCACCAUCUACUCCAGCAACAGAGAACAGCAUGCCUCCACCACCAUCAUAUGAAGAGGUCAGCGGUGUCUUUGCUUCCGAAAUCUAUGAUGGAUCAACAGACAAUGUGGAUUAUUUCUUGGGAGAGGUUGUGAAUUCAUUCAAAGCUGUAACUGAUGUGGAGUUAAGUUUGUCUAUUGGUGAUUAUGUCGUUGUCCGGAAGGUCUCAAGCAGUGGUUGGGCUGAAGGUGAAUGUAAGGGAAAAGCCGGUUGGUUCCCAUUUAACUAUGUGGAAAGGCGAGAACGUGUGCUUGCGACCAAGGUGGCUAAAGUCUUCUGAGGUUACCCAGUAGUGGAGCUUUUCUUACCUUUGUUUUUAUUGGAAAUUUUCGUCUCUUCUAUUGGUAAUCUAGUGGUAAUCUUGGAGUUGGAUUUGACUUGUCUUGUUAAUUGGUUUUAUUUGAAUGAGCCGCAAAUACAUGUGGAGUACUUAUUCACGAGUUCAUAAAUAGCAGGGUUUAGUAUCGUGUCCUGAUAGUAGGAAAGGAUGGUCGACUACACACAUGUUAAUAUUAACAUGGUUUUGUAAUGUGUAUAACUGUUUCGAAGUUCUGUUGGUAAUAUGACUGAAAAUGUAGGCAAUGAAGACUCAUGUUUUUUUCAA